CUCUGUCUCCCUCGUGCCCUCGCCCUCCUUUUUUUUAGUUUACCCGCCGUCCCGCGCGCCGCCGUUUCGGUUGCUCGGCUAGAGGGACUAGGGAGUGCCAGCGAGUCCAUGGCAGCGGCGAGGGCGUGCAUCGUCGCGCUGGCGCUGGUGGCGGCGCUCUUCGUGGCCGGAUCGGCGGCGGCAGCGGCGGGGAAUGCCGGAGGCCGGCCGCAGCUGUCGCUCAGGCAGCGGCGCCGGCAGCUGCUGCGGCAGCGGCAGGUGCGCAGCCACCUCAAGAGGCUCAACAAGGCGCCGCUCGCCACCAUCGAGAGUCCAGACGGAGACAUCAUAGACUGCGUGCAUAUCUCCAACCAGCCCGCCUUGGAUCAUCCUUUCCUCAAGAACCACACCGUCCAGAUGCGGCCUGCAUACCACCCGGAAGGUCUGUACGACGACGAGUCCAAGGUUGCAUCGCAGCGGAACGCGCAGACGAUCACCCAGAUGUGGCAUCAGAACGGCAGGUGCCCCGAGGGCACGAUACCGAUCAGGCGGACCAAGGAGGAGGACGUGCUGAGGGCCAGCUCCGUCAGGAGGUAUGGCAAGAAGAAGCGCAGGAGUGCCCCCAACCCCAUGUCGGUUGACCCUGACAUGCUCAACGAGAGCGGGCACCAGCACGCCAUAGCGUACGUGGAGGGGGACAAGUACUACGGCGCCAAGGCUACCAUCAAUGUGUGGCAGCCGAAGAUCGAGCAGGCCAAUGAGUUCAGCCUGUCCCAGCUCUGGAUCCUGGGAGGCUCCUUCGGCCAGGACCUCAACAGCAUCGAAGCAGGAUGGCAGGUUAGCCCAGACCUGUAUGGGGACAACAACACUAGGCUCUUCACCUACUGGACUAGCGAUGCCUACCAGGCAACAGGAUGCUACAACCUGCUGUGCUCGGGGUUCAUCCAGAUAAACAACCAGAUCGCCAUGGGCGCCAGCAUCUUCCCUAUCUCCAACUACGGCGGCUCCCAGUAUGACAUCAACAUCUUGGUCUGGAAGGACCCCAAGGAGGGCAACUGGUGGCUGCAGUUCGGCAACGACUACGUCCUGGGGUACUGGCCGUCGUUCCUCUUCUCGUACCUGGCGGACAGCGCCUCCAUGAUCGAGUGGGGCGGCGAGGUGGUGAACUCGGAGCCCGACGGCAGCCACACCAGCACGCAGAUGGGCAGCGGCCACUUCCCCGAGGAAGGGUUCGGCAAGGCCAGCUACUUCAGGAACGUCCAGGUGGUGGACUCCACCAACAACCUCAAGCCGCCCAGGGGCGUCGGCACCUUCACCGAGCAGUCCAGCUGCUACGACGUGCAGGACGGCAGCAACGCCGACUGGGGCACCUACUUCUACUACGGCGGGCCCGGGAAGAACUCAAACUGUCCAUAGCCCAAGACUGACUGAGCUGAGCCGCCGCCUAUCACACUCACUACCAGAGCCGCCUAACCUUAACACACCUCAGCUGUAUCAUUCAUGCAUCCGGUCAAUUAGUUUAUACUGCCUCAGAUUUUUAACUUUUUUUUUUGUUUUCGUUUUGUUUCGCUCUUUCUUGCUUCUACCUACCCCCUAGUUUACUGACUCGUACCCUAGGUGAGUGAGCGUGUGUGUUGUUGACAUGUGAGAUUGUUCUCUCUCUCUCUCUGCCUCAGAGAGAGUGAGAUGAAGGAGAGAUGUCGGUCGUCUGGUUCUAGGGAAGAGAGGAGGACU